AAAAAAGUAAAUUAAUUUAAAUAAUGUAAGCGUUGUAUUACUUUCUAAAUGUAAAGUAGGUAAAAACAAAAAACUAAUACACGAUACGUUUGUAAUAUAUUGUUAUAAAUGGGAGCGGGGAAACAAUUGAAGUAGAUCUAUUAGAUACCAUAAAAAAUGUAUCGACCUUUUAUGAUAAAAUACAGCGAGAUAGAAGUACGUUUUCUUAAACUCGAAUAUUUUAACAUAAAAGAUGGCAGAAUUGCAGGAAAUAGAGAAGAAAGCGCGUACCAUUAACGCAAGAUUUAUGGCUUAUUUGGAGAAACAUCGCUUAUACGAACUGUUUUACGAAAUGGCGACUCAAUUAAUGAUCCAAAAACCUGAAGAUCAUCUUGUAUUUAUGAAGCAAUAUCUUCAACUUGCUGCUAAAAGACUCAAUGUUCCUAACAUUAUCCUUAUCGCACCUGCAAACUUUGGUAGAUAGAAUUAUCUUAGAUAGAUUUCCUCGGGUCGCUAUUUUAAAACUUAUUUGCUUGAAUUGGAAAGAAAAAAGAAAAAAUAUUUCAUAUGGACAGAUAGAAUGGCCUUAGCUAAUGUUCUACACGAAGAAUUGGGUGUACAUCCUUUAACCUUGAAAGAUCUUCGUAGAGCUUGCCCUCAGCAUAAUGUAAGCGAAAACAUUCACAGUUUUGUUUUAUCUUUUCAAGAAAUGAACUUUCCCCUAUUAGGAUGAUUGUCAGUGCGAGGAAUCGGAAGAUCUUGCAUAU